AUGCUGUCUACUCAAGACAAACUGGUGGCCUGGCUGCUGAUCGGCGUACUGGCGAUCCUGACCAUCUUCUUCAACAUGUAUCUGCUUCUAGUCAACUAUCGAAGCUACAGAAAAAAGCACAAGCUGAACCCGGCAGACUUCAUUAUUACAGCAAUCGCCAUUGCCAGCAUCUCCCAGCAGGUCCUGACGUACUCCUGGCAGACCAUGGAUGUGAUCGACACCGUUUGCCAAAUCAGUCUGGUGGAGGCCAUAUUGUUAGUCCUCGUUUUCAGUGUGAAGCUCAUCAUAUUCUGGAGCACGGCCUUUCUGACUUUUUACUAUGGCACAAAACUGGUUGUUGAGCCUGUUCACUGUUAUACAAGAAUCCAAGAAGCCAUUGUGAAACACGUCCACAUUGUGUUGACGGUGAUAGUCGUGAGUGGCUUUGCAAAUUGCGUUCCCUUAUUGAGUGUAUUGACGUAUUACAACGGCACCACCGAAUUGGGUGAUUGUGGGUCUAUAAUGCCAAGCGAUACGCCUGGGCUUGUCUACGUCUUUUAUUAUGUCGUAAUUUCUGACAUUAUUCCGGGAAUCGUGAUGGUCAAAUGCAGCAUUUCUAUAUCGUAUCACUUGGCGAAGCAUCUUCUGGACAUGAAAGCGAGCACAAAUGGCGCUCACGGGCCCAAACUCGGCACUCAGAUGCGGGUGAUCAAGAUGACGCUCAGUUUGGUGUUCGUUUACAGCUGUUUUGUGGCUGUGGACAUUUACACGCAGACCACGGUGGUGUUGAUGCGGCAGAACACACUGGCUUUGAUUAUGCUGUUCGCCAGCAUUUACACCACGGUCAGUGCGUUCGUGCUGAUUUAUGGGAAGAAAAGCUACUGGAAGGAGCUGAUCGCCUCUUAUAACCUCUUUUUAGAUGAGUAUCCUUGUUUGAGUAGAAUGAAGGUCGAGGAGGUCAAACAUGAACCGCAUGAACACAGUCAUGGGCACUAAACGCUCUAUGAAGAUGCUUUAGUGCACUGUAAAUAAAACGGUAUGUCAAGA